UGUGGGCGUGGCCUGCGGGGAUUCCCUUUUUUUUCCUCCCCCCCCCCAGGGCGCGGGUUGCGCGUGCGCGAACUUCGCAUUUCUUCCCUCUGCUCCGGAGCUGGCUGCUGCUUGUGUCGAACUUGGGAAGAAACUUCAAAGGGAGUCGGCUCUCUAAGGGACGAAGGCUGUGGUUGUGCUUUGUGAAUUAAAAAAAGAUAUUUGCAGAGCAAGAAUUUGAAAAAUGGGAAGGCCCCGGAAAACCUCGACCGCUGCUGCAUCUCCCCGCCCAGCUGCUACAGCCCCCAAGGCGGGUCCGGGGACGCCUCGCUCAUCCGCCACCUCCAGGACUGUCUCUGCGGCUGGUGCAAACCCAACGGCUCCGGCUACAGCUCCUAAGAGCAGAAGCAGCAGAGGAUCAGGUCCAGAGACGGCGGCCUAUUCCGCAAAGCCUAGAGGAGCAAGGGAGGGUGGCCCGCCCAGGUCUGCAAUGGCUUCUGAUGGCCAACACGGAGGGCCAAGGAAGAGCGAUGGAGGAGCAGUCAAGAGCUCUGCGGUGUCGGGUGGAGUCAAGCCUUCUGCUGCUUCCGAUGCCGCGAGCAAAACCCAAGGCAGAGCGAGGGGCCUGCCUGCGCCCCUCUCCCCUGAAAAAGUGGCUGAGGUCGAGAGGGAAACCCGCGGUCAGUGGAGGAACCCCGAAUGGCACAAGUGGCGCGAGAACCGCAUCACUGCCUCCAUCGCGCCCAAGAUCUCCAACAGCAAGUUUGCAAACGGCCGCAGCUCGAAAGUGCCUCAGUCGUACCUGAAGGAGGUGGUGGGAUCGCGCUCCGCGGCACGGACCCCAGCCAUGAAUUGGGGAGUCCGCAACGAGAAGAAGGCAGUGGAAGCUUAUGAAACCCUCAAGUCCAGCACGGCAAAGAAACCGGUGAAGGUGAAAGAAUGCGGCAUCAUUGUCGACAAAGACAAGCCCUGGCUGGCUGCCAGCCCCGAUGGCAUCGUCCAAGACGCGGGUACCGGCAAGGACCUCAGUCUCUUGGAGGUGAAGUGCCCCUAUAAAUACAGAAAUAAGACGGUGACCGAAGCCUGCCAAGACAAGACCUUCUGCCUGGAAAAUGAGAGCAAUUCCUACUCGUUGAAGAAAAAUCAUCCCUAUUAUACCCAAGUCCAGUGUCAGAUGAAAGUCUCCGGCCUGAAGAAAACGGAUUUUGUCGUUCACACCAACAAAGAAACCGCAAUUGCCCCGGUGGAUUUUGACCCGGCAUUCUGGAAGCAAACAGUCCCCAAACUGGAGAAGUUCUACACGGAUGCUGUGGUCCCUUACCUGGAGAAGAACGGACCUUCUGCUCUCUUGGCUAGUGAAGAGUGAAGCUGUGGGAAGAAGUUUCUGAUAUUUUCUUUCUCUUUUCUUCAUAAGAUGUGCCUUCAACCUGUUAUCCCCGUUCUCCUUUAUACUGUGCAUGAGCAUGCUGGAAACUAGAAGCUCAGCUUCCCGGCGUGCAUAUGCAUGCCAGGGAACUGUUUUUCUGGUUUCUAAUGCCCCCCAGUGUACGCGCUCCCAUUUCGGCACGGUGCCAAAAAGAUUUCGCCAACACUGGCCUAGAGUAUAGCCCUCCCUCCCUCUCUCUUUCUCUCUCUGCCUUCAGUUAACGUUUUAGAAAGCUGCUUUCCUCUUGGGAACACGUAAAGCGCCCUCAGCCUACUAUUAGAACAGACCAACGACAUCUAGAGCAGCCCCAGUUUUUCUCCUGCCACAGAUCACGAACAUCAUUGGUUAUUCGCUUUACCUGAGCAGGCAAAAGGUAGAUUUUUUUUUUUAAAGCAAGACAUACUGGACUUGCUUCUGUCAGAUUUUUCGAUCUACUUCCAGGUAUUCUUCCAUGGAGACGUCCUCGGAAAUGAAAAUAGCUUUUGCUUGAGAUGCUGUAACUUGACCAGAAAUGGAAUACUUGAAUGUUUCAAUCCACAGCAGAGCUAAAUUGUCCUCAUCCUACCCGUUGCCAGCGUUUCCUGGAACCUGCGUUGUCCAAGAAAUAUCCAGUGUGAUAACAAAAGGCCAGAAGUUGCAUGGAAGAAAAGUAACCCGAUUAAUUAAGGGCUGCGGGUGUUUAAACAUGGAUAAAAAUAAAUCAAAACUCUUUGUUUUCCUGCUGUAAACCGCACACAUUCUCGGUUAUGUAUCCAGAAUGACUUGUGAUCCAGUGGUAGCGAGAGAAAGUUAGAUUAUCAUUUAGGCAGGAGGGAUAGAUAUGCUGACUUGGUCUCUUUCAGUACAGGUGGAAGUGCAUCUUUGCUUAGGAAGUUUAUAUAUAUAAAAAAAAUUGUAGUGAAAAAAUAUAUAUUUUGAGGGAAUUGCAACUUGAGUUUUUGAAGGGUGUUUAAAAAAAUAUAAUUAAAAAUGUGAUGUGGGGGAUCGUAACUGACUUUUUGUAAACUCUUGUGAUGUUUUUCUUUUGGACACAUUAAAAAACAGCUCCUCCUAUUUGCUCUCUGGGGCUUUAGUUAAUGAAAAUAAAAACAAUGUAUGCUG